CUAUGGCAAGUCGCCGCUUGUGACAGUUCGUGAGUGCAAAAUUGGAAAUUAUGAAGUAAAAUAUUUUCUAAAUUAUUGUGUUUAAAUGACAGCAGGAAAAGAAACCAUGGGUGAGCAGCCUAUCUUCACGUGCAAGGCGCACGUGUUCCACAUAGACCCGAAGACGAAGCGGUCGUGGAUGUCCGCUAGCUCGGCCGCCGUCUCCGUCUCGUUCUUCUACGACUCGUCCAGGAAUUUGUACAGGAUCAUCAGCGUGGAGGGUACUAAGGCGGUGAUAAACAGCACGAUAACGGCAAAUAUGACGUUCACGAAAACGUCCCAGAAGUUCGGGCAGUGGAGCGACGUGCGCGCGAACACCGUGUACGGUCUCGGGUUCGCGUCCGAAGCCGAGCUCGGCAAGUUCAUAGAAAAAUUCCAAGAGGUGAAAGAAGCUAUACAAGCUCAACAAUGUACUAGCGGGAAGGCCACGACGAAUGGCAACAGUGGCGCCGCCACGCCGGUAGCUUCUGCGACAGCCAGCCCCUUAUUGGCUGGACGGGCGACGCAGCCCGAGGACGAGCCUGCUGUUUCGCCUGCGCAGCCAAAAGCUGACAACGAUGAGAUGAUGGUACACCAGAGAGCGCACUCCGUGUCUUCAACUUUGCAGGGCGGGUACGCGACCGUGGGGCGCGCCCCGCGGCCGGCGCUGGCCUCGUGCUCGGCGCCGGAGCCCGCGCCCGACCCGCAGGACCACCAGCUGCGCUACGAGAACGAUCGGCUCAAACUCGCACUGGCUCAGAGCUCGGCGAACGCCAAGAAGUGGGAGGUGGAGCUGGCCACGCUGAAGAGUAACAACCUCCGGCUGACGGCCGCACUCCAGGAGAGCACCGCGAACGUGGACGAGUGGAAGCGUCAGCUGCACCAGUACAGGGAGGAGGUGGCUCGGGCCAGGCAUUACGCUGGGAAAGGCGGAGACGCCAACGAAGUGGAACAGCUGAGGCAGCGUGUGGCCCAGUUGGAAGCCGAGCUGGCCCAGAAGAAUGAGGAACUGGCGCAGAUAACCAAGUCAAGGAAGAGCGAACAGGACGCCGAAGCGAAACUGGCCCAAAGCCAGCUGGAACUGGCGCUGGCCGCCCAGGACGGCCAGAGGCAGGUGCUGCAGGCGCUCAACGACCAGCUGGCGCGGCAGCUGGACGAGCUGAGCACGAUCCACCGCGAGAUAAACACCGCAUUGCAAACAUGAGAUCCGCCAUUACCGCCGCCGGUGUACGCCGCGGUGCAUAAACCGCGCGCGUUGCCCUUGCUGUUGCAACAUGCGACGCAACAUGUGCCGCAACAUGUGCCGCAACAUGUGCCGCAACAUGCGACGCAACAUGUGCCGCAACAUGUGCCGCAACAUGCGACGCAACAGCGAACGCGGGCCGACGGCGAGGAACCGACGUAUGUGACGGUUAAGGCGAAGAAGUGAUGAGUGUUCUCGGUAUUUCGCAAAGUGCACGAGUUUUUUUGACUGCCGUGUUUCGCGUUAUUUUUUAUUGUAGACGGCCAGGGUUCGGCGUUUGAUAUUUUUUUGGAUUUGGAAUUUGUUGAGAUUCAAAUGGGGUUUGAUUUGUGUGUUGUGUUUUCACGGCGAUUUUGAUGUUUGAAUUUAGAAUUAAAUUAAAAUCCCUUGGUAAUUAUUUUAUUAUUUUAAAAUUGGAAUUUAGAACAAAAAUUUACGAUUAAAGUCUUCCUGCCACAUUGAAAAUAACAUUCAUUUGUUAUCUGUUUUGUCUUCCUUUGGAAAUUUAUAGAAAAGUUUAUGUGCAAGACUGUCAUAUAAUUACGAUUCAAUAGCAGAACUCGAGAUCCUAUUAAUAAGAACUAAAACCACAUUGGGUUACUUUGCCGUUGAUUGAACAUGUAUUAAAUGAAAAUAUUGAUAACACUAAAUAUUUAAAUAAACGUUCUUUUUUUUUACUGGUAAUUAAGUGUAAUCCUAUCACGAAUUUCAAAAUGUAAUUUCAUUCGCCGAAUCCUAUUAAUUUUGGUGCAAUUAUAAGUUUUAAUCACACAAUCUUCACUAAAUGUAAAUAAAAACACAACUUUUUUUUAAAUUUAUUUAUAUUCUCUUUAUACCUCGAAUAUUGUUCUUUUUUUUUAAGUAUAGUUAAUUGUAAACAAUAAUAAGUCUAUAAAUGUACGCAGAAUAAAAUGAAAAAUAAAAAAUGAAAAUGAAAUGGCACAUAGUGAGAUUGUAAUGAUUGAAGUUGUUCUAUGAAGUGUCUUAAAGAACUAGUAUCUGUUGCCGUAAAGAUGUUAAAUAAAUCUCAAGAUCGCGAAAAGCACUAUACAGUGGUAAAUAUAAUAACUUAAAUACUUUAAAUAAUAACUUACUACUAUUUUGCUCUGCACAUUCAGGCAAUUGAAUAUGUAAUUAUUAUCCAUACAUGGGUAAGUUUGCGUAAUGUCAAAGUUCGCGAAGGUCAAAUGGGAGUCGCUUCGUGUAAAAACCUGACUCACCCAAUCCAGGAUCCAUGGUCAAAGGCACACCCCGGGCUCCUCUCCAGAGUGGUGAGGAUGCGACCGGGACUAGUGUACUGAUAACAUAUUUGGUAUCUGCGUACAUUUGAUUCUUAUUAUUUUUUAAUAAUUUUAACUGAAAUUUUAUUUUAGAUUAAUUUAUAGAGUUAUGUCCGAAGAUAUAGAACUGAUUAUUGUGAAAAUGUAAUCCUUAUAUUGGAUUUUGAACACAAAUAUUAAUACUUACUUUAAUUAUUUAAAAAACUAAUGCUGAAAAAAUUAGUAUAAAAAUACAAUUAAAUUUUUUU